GUCCCACGGGUGGCAUCUGAUCCGCCAUAUUUCCAACAAUAGGGGACUCUUCUGCCCAGUCAGUGCCACCAGCCCACUAGCCCACCCCCCAAAGCGGACCCCGGUACGACUACAACACACCACCGCCUCCCGCCUCGCACUCUUUUUCGGGUCCAUACCAACCGACGACUCCAACCCAGACAAGCCCAGACAAGCCCAGACAAACAAAACCACACAAACCACAGCCGCAACGAAACACAUAAUCCUCCCCGAUCGCCAUGAACUUGCCCUAGGAGAGAGAGAGAGAGAACGCCCGCCUUCUCCGCAACCAGUCCUGGACGGACGAAUCCCCUCGCGCCUCCCCGUGCCGCCGUCUGCAUUGCGCCUACAACGAUCUGACGACCGUCCUCCAUCACCAGUCCUCAGUCCUGCAGUCCCUCGGCGAAGAGGCGAGGAGAUGAGCCUGAAUGACCGCCCCGCGGCCACCGCGACCGCCAAGCCAGCCGGCCGCGUCCCCGGCAUGAAGAAGUUCUCGCGACUCUUCGCCUUCACGCGCCUGAGCCGCGGCCGCCCCGACACCGUCCCCGAAUGGGACCUCGCUGCCGAGUCGACUCGAGAGGCCUCGCCCGACCUGCACCAGCUCUCCUCGCGCCGCCGCCGGGGCGAGGGUCAGCCAAAGCGACCGGCUCGCAAUGGCCUCAGCCGCCUCGUCGUCGACACCGAACACCCGCCGUGCGCCGUCUGCGACACCAUCGACUUCCCCCGUUUGCUCAAGUGGCGCCCCGGCGAGCCGCGUCCUUGGAUCCCUCUCGCUCACACCCUCGCCGGGGACUCGGCCUGCCCCUACUGCAUCUUCUUCCAGGCCUUGGUCGGCGCCGAGCCCGACCUGACGCGCAAGUUCACGCCGUACCUGCGCAUUCGCCAGGCCUUUGAGCGCCUCGGGGUGGGGGAGAAGCAUGAGCUGGGCGGGGCCGUGCUGUUCGAGGUCACCACAAAAAGCAAGGUGCUACCAUGGGGUUACAUUGUACCUGUCAUCGAAAACACCGACGACUUGGCAGGGUAUCGCGAGGCGACGCCGGCAAUUCGGGGGAGGGUCAUCACACCAAAGCUCGAUCCCGCCCUGCCAAGGACCUGGAUCGACUUCUGCAUGGCCAAUCACUCCAAGACAACAUGUGCGUCUCCGGGACGGCCAAUCCGCGGCCUGAAGCUCCUCGACUGUCGCGACAUGGAAAUCCUCUUCGUCGAUGACCUCAUGGCCGAGGCCGUCGAGUACGUCACUCUCAGCUACGUCCGGGGCGGUUCUGAGGAGCUGCCAGCGCCUAAUGGAGUCCUUCCUGGGGUUCUGCCGACAGAGUUGCCUCCGCUGAUCGCCGACGCUAUGGCUGUAACUCAAUCUCUGGGCUUUCGAUAUCUCUGGGUGGAUCAGUAUUGCUUCCCACAGUACAACGGGAGCGAGCGCCGGCGCCAAUUGGAUCGGAUGGGGGACAUUUACGCGCGCUCUGCGCUGACCCUCAUCGUCGCCGCUGGAGAGAGCGUCUCGGACGGUAUCCCCGGUGUUAGCGUCCCCCGCGAGGAGCAGCUGUCCCUCCAGACCGAAGCCGGCCACUUCACCACCUCACUCACUCGCCCCGACGUCGAAGUAGCCAGCUCGCGAUGGGCGUCCCGCGGCUGGACCUACCAGGAGGGCCUCCUCUCACGCCGCCGCCUCGUCUUCACCCCCUCCCAGACUUACUUCCAGUGCCAGCACCUCCACUGCCACGAAACCAUUUCAUAUCCUCUCCAAACGCAGCCCACCCUCAACCUCGGCCGCGUCUUCCCAUCCGCCGGCGCCGGCACCCAGGCAAAGGACUUCAAGGCCCAGGUGAAUGGCUACAUGAGCCGCGAAGUCACAUAUCCCGAGGACCGACUAGACGCCUUCAGGGGUGUGCUGGACCGCUACGCCCACAUGGAUCCUGCCGUGGACAAUCUCCUCGGCCUGCCUCUAUAUCAUCCCCAAGACUUUAAGAACGUGCCCUCCGUCACCAGGACAGACCGCCUGGCGAUGGGCCUCGGAUGGAAGCACGAGCACGUUGGCGAGGCGGACGUCUUGGCUCACUCCAUGUUCCUCCAUGGGCCGUUCCCCUCAUGGACGUGGCUUGCUUGGAAGCAACGCCCCGACUUCCCCGGCUACGGCCCCUCCUUUAACCUGUACGAAGUCUGCGACGAUGGCGCUCUCAUCGACAACGUCACCGCCUCGCCUAACCUCGAAAUAUCCAUCGGCUUCAAGGACCUCUCGGUCCUCUCCUGGGAGGAAGAGGGCGACGCCAUUGCCGCCAAGACCAGCUCCAUCAGCUUCCUCCGCCUCAAGUCGCACUGCUUUGAUAUCCACCUCAACAAAGACACCGACGGCACCAUCAAGGUCUCGGAAGACCUUGAUCUCCGCGACCCCUACCCCUCUGCCAUCGCCGCCUUCCUUCUCCGGGCUGCCUACAACAUGCCCGACAACGAGCCACCCGCUGGUGACCACGAGCUUGUGGGCAUCAUCCUUGCCGGUCGGGACUGGAAGAAUGACGAGUCGUUUGAGUCGGCCAGCGUGCUCAUCUGCGGCCGACGCAACUGGGUCCCCGAUGGCGAGCUUGUGCGCCUGGGUACAUUGGAGCUGGGAGCUGGUGGCCUGCUAGGCAUAGAUGACGAGACCGCCGUGAUCAAGGGCGCGAUGAAUGACGAUCGGAGGCUGGAUGUGCAGUUGCGGGAGCUUGACAUUUACUAAAACAUCUCACGGCCAUACACAAAACACACAUACGCACGAAAGGACGCACAUAUAUCUUCAUGUCCAUGUACAUCUUAUAUACCUUUAUAAUUAUACUUGGAUAGACCGGGGAUGGAUAAGGGGACGGACGACGGACUGAUGAAUUAACCGGACGAACGGCUGGGGUGGGUGUUUUUCUGUUUUUGGGCCUGGCUUUCUCUAGAUACCAUGUACCAUAGCAUAUGUGGAUAGCAUUUCUACGGCAUUAGAAUUUAAAAUUUUGG